AUGCGCCUCCAACAGUCCUCCGGGACUGGAACACCAGUUAUCGAGAGCCAAAAUGACUCUUUGCCUGAGCAGUCCAAUGAUAUCACCGAUAAUCCCACCGGCGAUGUGCCCAAGCGAACGGCCAUAAUCGGCAUGUCCUGCCGCCUCCCAGGAGACGUUUCCACGGCCGAACAGUUUUGGGACCUUUGCUCACGAGGCAAAAGUGCCUGGUCACCAGUCCCAAAGAACCGGUUCAACGCUGAUUCCUUCUAUCACCCUGAUCCCGAUCGACCAGGCUCCUUCAAUGCAGUAGGAGCCCACUUCCUGACAGAAGACAUUGGCCUAUUCGAUGCGCCAUUUUUCAAUAUCACACUCCAAGAGGCACAGGUAAUGGAUCCGCAACAGCGAAUUUUCCUCGAAUGUGUGUACGAAGCGCUAGAGAAUGCUGGAAUCCCGAGCCAUGAGAUCACCGGCCAAAAGGUGGGAGUCUUUGCAGGCGGCUCAUAUUCCGACUACGAAAUCAACAACACCAGAGAUAUCUCGGCUAUCCCCAUGUAUGCUGCCACUGGAACGGCUAUGGCAUUGCAGGCGAAUCGAAUUUCGUAUCAUUUUGACUUGAACGGGCCUAGUGUUACAGUUGACACGGCUUGCUCUUCCAGCUUGUCUGCUCUGCAUUUGGCUACUCAGAGUAUUCGGAACGGUGAAUGCUCGAUGGCCAUUGUGGGAGGAUGCCACUUGAAUAUAACCCCAGAGGCUUUCGUUUCGAUGACACGUUCCAGACUACUUUCGGAUACUGGUCGCUCAUAUUCCUUUGAUCACCGCGGCACUGGCUUUGGCCGGGGUGAAGGUGCUGGGUGUAUUAUCUUGAAAUCUCUCGAGGACGCAGAGGCUGCGGGAGAUGCCAUCCGAUCUGUCAUUAUCAACACUGGUCUUAACCAAGAUGGGCGGACCAGAGGUAUUGCAAUGCCAAAUGGCAAGGCACAGGAAGCAUUGAUGCGUCAAGUCUAUAAAGAGGCACGGAUUGACCCGGCCAUGACAGGAUUUGUGGAGGCUCACGGCACAGGAACCAAAGUUGGUGAUCCCCUCGAAGCCACUGCAUUGAAUGCAGUCUUCGGAAAAGGGCGGUCCCCGCGUCAACCAUUGCUUGUUGGAUCUGUGAAAUCGAACAUUGGUCAUGCAGAAGGAGCAAGUGGUCUUGUUUCUGUGAUCAAAACAACCCUGGCGCUUGAGCGAGGCUUCGUACCCCCAAACUGCAAUUUUGAGAAAGUGAAUGAGGAAAUACCCAUGGAUCAGUGGAAUAUGAAGGUUCCCAAGAAGCUGACUCCAUGGCCCCGUGGCAAACCAUAUGCAAGUGUGAACAACUUCGGCUUUGGCGGGACCAAUGCCCAUGUUAUUCUACAGCGUGCUCCCCGACAUGAAGGCAAUCUUGAGUUAAGCGACGACCCUCUCAAGCGCAAGUUGUUUGUAGUUUCUGCGUACGAUAAGAAGGCUGCCCUCCAGCUUGGGAAAUUGAUUGCAGCGCAUCUCGACCAUUUCCCAGUGGUUUUCAAUGACAGUACUAUGGAUAACAUGGCCUAUACACUAGGACAGAGACGAACGUUCCUGCCAUGGAGAUUGACAUCCUCUGCAAUCUCUGGCCAGGAGCUGACUCAAUCGCUGGCUAUUGACGCAGUGCCUGUUCGUUCUUCCAAAGAGCCGACUGUCGGCUUUGUAUUCACUGGACAAGGUGCCCAAUGGCAUGGCAUGGGCAAAGAACUUCUGAGCACAUAUCCAGUUUUCAAGCAGACCAUGCAAGACGUGGACGCUUGCUUGAAAUCCCUCGGUGCUACGUUCUCAAUUAUAGACGAAUUGCUUUUGACCGACCCGAGCGCAAGCUCUAUCUCGGCCGCAUACAUGAGCCAGCCCGCUUGUACCGCAGUCCAGCUAGCGUUGGUUGAUUUGCUAUCAUCCUGGGGUAUCCGCCCCAAGGCAGUGGUCGGUCAUUCCAGCGGAGAGAUUGCAGCAGCUUAUGCCGCGGGCAUUCUGGGCCUCGAAGAGUGUGUUCGGGUGGCGUACUCUCGUGGUGUCGCAGCAAAUCUGGUUGCAAAUGACAAGUCUAUCAAGGGAGGUAUGUUGGCGGUUGGAGCCAGCGCCCCAGAUAUCCAACAAAUUCUGGAUGCCAUGCGAGGGACCAAGGCCGUUAUUGCCUGUGUGAACAGCGAGUCAAGCGUGACUCUGUCUGGAGAUGCGGAUGUCAUUACCGAUCUGCAGACUGCCUUGGAUAAAGAAGGGAUCUUCACCCGAAGACUGCAGGUCGAGGUUGCUUACCACUCCCACCAUAUGAAGACUGUAUCACAGGAAUAUCGAUCCCUGCUUGGCAAGAUUGAACCUCGGGACUCUGAGGUUCCAUUCCAUUCGACCGUUUAUGGAAAAUUGAUUCCAGGAAGCACUUUGGACGCCUCCUACUGGGUCGACAAUCUGGUUUCCCGUGUGGAGUUUGUGGAGGGUCUGAAGAGCCUUGUGACCGACGAGCACGCAACUACACCAAUUAACACAUUGGUCGAAAUUGGCCCUCACCCUGCCCUACAAACACCCGUGAGAGACAUUGCCCAAGAACAUGCCCCGAAUUCCAAUGUGCAAUACCUUCACACCUUGAAACGCAAGGUAGAUGACAUCGAGGCUGUUCAAAACCUCGCUGGGUCGUUGUUCAAGCAGGGUCUGAAUCUCGAUUUCCAGGCUAUCAACUUCCCGAACUUGAAAACGACAUCAAGAAAGCCUGCUGUUAUGACAAAUCUGCCUAAAUAUCCGUGGAACCACUCUGAAAGAUACUGGUUUAGCUCACGCCUAGGUGAUAAUCAUCUCCAUCGCCAAUUCCCUCGAAAUGAUAUCCUUGGCUCAUUGUGCAUGGAGAAUGUCGACUUUGAGCCCCGAUGGAGGAACACCAUUCGUGCAGAUGACCAUCCUUGGAUCCGCGAGCACAGAGUACAUGACAGAACUGUGUAUCCAAUGACCGGGUUCUUGGCCAUGGCUAUGGAGGCUAUCUCACAACACGCACAGCUACACCAUGUUACUCCUGGAAAGAUCGAUCUCCGCGAUAUCUUCAUUAAUCGUGUCCUCACUAUCCCGGACAACUCAUCCGUGGAGACAAUGUUCAGCCUAAAACCAUCCCGAGCAGAAGCUCCCAGUAAAUCAGUCCUCGGCUGGCACGAGUUCAAGGUUUUCUCAUGGGCUGAGGGUCGCGGAUGGGACCAACACUGCAAUGGCUUCGUCAUGGUGCAAGAAGUCAAGGACGUCAACCCGGUUGAUGGGUCUCGACAGCAGCUCGAGAAGACCGCACGCUUCACUGAACAAUCAUUGAAGAUGCGAAAUUCAUGUAGCACUCUCGUGGACAGCAAUGUCCUCUACGAGAACGUCGCCAGCGGUGGCGUCCAGUAUGGUCCUCUUUUCAAAGGAUUGACCGAUAUCUCAUGGAGCAGGGAUGGUCAGGCAAUGGCUACCCUCCGUAUCCCAGACACGAAAGCAGCCAUGCCCCACCAGCAUGAAACCCCCUGCAUUGUGCACCCUGUUACACUUGAUCUAUGUAGUCAAGUUCUGUGGGUCCUUCUUGGUUACGGCGAGCCCGGGCCGAAAGUCACCCAUGUGCCGUCGCAUGUCAAGCAAGUCUCCGUCUCCUUAUGCCCCGAACUCAGUGCCGGCAGUGUACUGAAACUGUAUGGUCACAAAUCAGGAACUGAAUCCGCAAGCAACCCUGAGACUAACCGCAUAUUCGCAACUGUCCCCAAUAACCCAGCGGAUCUGAUCAUUGACAUCAAUGGUGUCACUUUGGUGCCGGUAUCGAACGAUAUCAAAGGCUCAAAGGACAGCUCGCCGGACCAGAUUUGCUACAAGGUACAAUAUGAGCCCUGCUUUGAUUUCCUCUCCACCGAGGACUAUCGACAGCUCCCUCGCCCCGAGACUGAUGUUGCUCAAGGCAUUGAAAGAAUGCAGCAACUCGAAUCUGUGGCAGAGCAUUACCUGGCACAUGUGGUUAAGACCGUGACAGAGGACGAGUUGUCAACCUUUGAGCCUCACCGUCAGAAAUUCUAUCGUUGGGCCCAGAAAACUUGCCAAAAUGCGGACACCAAAUAUCCCUUGAACCUUGACGUCCUUGAACAGACCCGAACAGUCAAUGCAGCAGGUGAGUUGACAUGUAAAGUGGGGGAGUUGCUCCCUCAAAUCCUCAGGGGCAAGGUAGAUGCCUUGAGCGUACUGCUGGAGGAUGACGGAAUCGCAAGACACUACAGUGAUCUUGACGGUCUUCGUGAGGCCUAUGCCAAUGUCUCUGUCUGCAUUGACAAGAUGGCACAUCAGAACCCUACACUCAACAUCAUAGAGAUUGGUGCUGGUACAGGUGGUGUCACCAUGCCGAUUUUGCAGAGUUUGGGUGGACAUGAACCAGGAUCUACGCCUCGGUUCGCACAUUACACCUACACCGACAUCUCUCCAGGAUUCUUCGAAAAAGCCAAGACAAAGUUUGGGAGCUGGGGACAUCUCAUGACAUACCAGACACUAGACGUGUCGGCUGAUCCUACUGAGCAAGGCUUCGAUAAUGACACAUAUGAUGUUGUAGUUGCCUGCAACGUGCUGCAUGCUACUUCUGACAUCAGCCAGACAAUGGCAAACAUCCGAGCCCUUUUGAAGCCUGGUGGCAAGGUCCUACUCAUCGAGGAAACUGUCCCGAAGGCACGGCAUUUCCCAUUCGCACUCCUCUCUGGAUGGUGGCUGGCCAAUGACAAAUUCCGGAAGGACGGACCACUCCUCACAGUCGAAGGAUGGAGCAACGUCAUGAAGGAGAAUGACUUCUCUGGAAUUGACCUAUGUGUGGAGGAGUACCCUGGUGCAUCUUUCCAAUCUGGUUGUCUCAUGAUCUCCACUGCUAACAGCCCAAUAACUGGUCCCGCAAACGCCGGCGAUGUCGUGAUUCUCGGCAUUGACUCUAUUGGGACCUUAUCAUCCCUUAGCCUCGAGUAUGGUCUCAAGAAUAUGACUGGUGUUGAGCCAAUAACUGCUGUGGACUCUGAUGCGGUCGAUGUGACCGGGAAAUGGUGUAUCUUCCUUGGGGGAAUGGAUCGCUCGAUCCUAUCGCACCUCACUCAGGAAAAGUUCCAGACACUGCAGCGACUCCUGAGCCGGGCUCGGGGUCUAUUGUGGGUUGUUCGUCACACCAAAACUGACCUGGAGUCCCUUGGCGCGAACAUGGCAAUUGGACUGGCUCGCACCGUGAGAUCAGAGACUGGCCUCCAAUUCGCCACGCUUGACCUGGGAGAACGGGAGAACAUGCCCGAUGCUCUGGCCGUGGGCCACAUACUCCAGGUAUUUAGCGGAGUCUUCUGCCAGAAAUCGCAACUGGUCCAGAAUGACUGGGAGUUUGUUGUCCGAAAUGGCAAUGUUUGUGUGCCGCGUUUGGUGGAUAACAACGAAUUGAACCUCAGUGUCCAGCAAGAGACACCAGAUGCACCCCCGCAGAUGCAGCCCUUCAAACAAGAUCGCGCUUUGCGACUUGCUGCUGGAAGCGGGAGGGGUCUCGACGAGCUUUACUUCACAGAUGAUGUCUCCCGCAAUGGACCCCUGCCCCAAGACCACAUUGAGAUUCGGGUCCACAGUACCGGUCUCAACUUUAGAGAUGUAUUGAUGGCCAUGGGUCAGCUUCAAGGCGAUAGACUCGGACAGGAAUGUAGUGGAGUCGUGACUCGAGUGGGAGGUGCGGUAUCCGACUUCAAAAUUGGAGAUCGAGUCUGUGCCAUGUCACCAGGUUCAUUGUCAACUUUCACACGUUGUCCAGCCUCCGGAUGCUGGGCCAUCCCCGAGGAUAUGCCAUUCGAGAUCGCAGCUUCGAUCCCAGCUGUGUUCUGUACUGCCUACUACUCUCUCAUUGACCUGGGACGAUUGAGUAAAGAUGAAAGCGUGUUGAUCCACGCCGCUGCAGGAGGUGUUGGCCAAGCGGCAAUUAUCAUUGCUCAGAGUGUUGGAGCUAAUAUUUUCGCAACCGUUGGUAGUGUUGAGAAGAAGACCUUCCUCAUGCAGACUUACCAGCUCAAGGAAGAACAUAUUUUCUUCAGUCGUGAUAUGUCAUUUGCACAAAGUAUUCACCAGGCCACUGGUGGCCAGGGUGUGGAUGUUGCUCUCAACUCGCUUAGCGGCGAUGCUUUGCAAGCAACAUUCGAGUGUGUUGCGCCAUUUGGUCGCUUCAUUGAACUCGGCAAGCGAGAUAUUACGACAAACUCUCGAUUGGAGAUGGCUCACUUCAACAAGAAUAUAUCUUUCGCAUCUGUGGACUUAGGUAUGGUCAGAGAGAAGCGUCCUCAAUUGACGAAGCGGCUGCUGCGUGAUGUGUUCAAACUGUUUGUGGACACCAACGCCCAGUCAAGGUGGUCUGUCACCACUCUUCCCAUCUCAGAUGUUGAGGUUGGAUUCCGGGCCCUGCAAGGUGGACAAGUGAUCGGAAAAAUGGUCGUCCAGGUUACCGAUGAUUCCAUGGUUAAGGUCCAUCCCGCUAGAAGAGACGAAAAUCUUCUCCGCGCAGAUGCUUCAUAUGUCAUCGUGGGUGGAACCGGCGGCAUUGGUCUCGACAUUGCCAGUUGGCUACCAGAGAAGGGAGCCAAGAAUCUUGUCCUGGUUUCUCGAGGUGGUGUCAAGACUGAAAAGGCACAACAAACUAUUCGGGAUCUCACUCAACAGGGUGUCAAUGUGGAAAUCUGUCGCUGCGAUGUGGCGGAUAAGCAGAGCGUUGAGCAAAAUCUUGUUCCGCUCCUCGCUCGCAUGCCCACAGCUCGUGGUGUUGUAUACGGCGCUAUGGUUCUCCGGGAUACCCUCUUCGAAAAGCUUAGUUUCGCCGACUACCAGACCGUGAUGAUGCCCAGAGUUAAAGGAAUCUGGAACGUUCAGCAGGCAUUGACAACAACUGACGCUAGCGUGGAUUUCUUCGUCAGCCUCUCAUCUGCCGCCAGUUUUGUUGGUAAUAUGGGCCAAUCCCCCUAUGCCGCCAGUGGAACCUUCAUGGCGGCGCUCUCCCAGUACCCCGAGACAGCCAAGAUGCGCUGUUCGACAAUCGAUCUACCCAUUGUCCGCGGAAUCGGAUACCUCUCCGACGAAAAGAAGCGGGAGACAAUCUCCAAACAACUCGGCACAGAGUCUGUUGACGCAACAGACAUCCGCGGUCUUGUCACUGCAGCGAUCCGCAACGAGUUCGACGUUUCCUUCGAGGGACACUGCGUGGCUGGGUUCGAAGGCGUCAAAUCCACACCCGCUAGUGCACAGCCAUUCUGGGUAAAUGAUACCAAGCUGUCGCACCUGUUGCGCCUAUCCACUCUCGCUGGCGCGGGUGCAUUGGCCGAGUCUGCGCAGAACAGUACCGAGAUUUCGCCGGCCCUUGCCGUCCGGCAAUCGAAGACCCGAGAAGCGGCCGAGCUCAUCGUUGGGACGGCCGUGCUCACCAAGAUCUCUAGCAUUCUUAUGCGUCCGCUGGAAGACCUUGAUCCGGCUGCGCCCAUCACUGUUUAUGGUCUGGAUUCGCUGGUCGCCAUUGAGAUCAGAAACUGGAUCACCCGUGAGUUGGAGGCUAAUUUGCAGAUCCUGGAGAUCUUGACUAGUGACUCUAUCCCGGCUCUUUCUGAGACGAUUCUCAAGAAAUCGGGUAUACUUACUUCAGACCUCAAGGCCGAGUGGGGUCUCGAUGUGGCUGAAGGUCGAACCGGCCAGGUAUGA